UCCCAGCCAGGUGUGUGGGUCUAGGGGAGGGGGGGCCCCACCCCUGAGAUAUGAAAGCCCCCCUGCCCUGGCCCUGGCUCAGUCUCCAUGGGGUCACUGGGGCUGGAGGGCUGGGGGAGGAGGCCCCAGGGGAAGGGCUGCCUCCUGCUGGCUGUGGCAGGAACCACCUCCCUGGUGACCCUGCUGCUGGCUGUGCCGCUCACUGUCCUGGCUGUGCUGGUGGUGGCGCCCCAGAAGCAAGGGCUGGUAGCAGAGACCACUGACCCCCGGGGGCCAGCACAGGCCCAGCAGCGACUGGGGCCCCAGGAGCUGCCGGAGCAGGACACAGAAACAGUGAGGGGGGCAUUGCCGGAAAAGGCGAGCGCCGCUCAGAAAGGCCCAGCCGCGGGAGCAGCCCUGCCGGUGCCGGGGAGCAGCGGGGGCCCGGACGCAGACGAGCAGCCCGAGAGGCCCGGCAGGACUGCCCCAGCCCGCUCGCCUCUCAGGAGCCGGAACAGCUCCCGGGCUGCAGGGAGGAGGCCGAGAGAACUGGGCGGGUGA